AUGUUGUCAGAUUCAAGAGUGUUAAUGGUCAAGGUCAGUGGCAGAGCACAAAAGAUUUACAUCAAUGAAACUAAAUUAGAACAUCAAAAACGAACUUCGUCUCUUAUAGUAAACAACUGGUUAACGAAAAUUGUAGUUAUUUAUAAAACAUUUAGGGACGAAAAUUCCGGUCCUGAUAGUUCAAGACAUAUUUUAAACGACUCUUCUGAUCCACCAAUCAUUGAAAUAAAGAAAAUAAUAUUAAAUGCAUAUGAAUUCUGUGAGACAGGAAAAUGGGAAAUUUCAAGAAUAACUAUGAAAGGAUCAAUUACAUAUGAAAUUUUAGGUCACGAAAUGCUAAUAACUAUUUCACAAGCUCUUGAAGGACAAUUUUUGAAUGGACUCUUAGAGGUGUAUCAACAGACUGAUAUACAAGUGACGCAAGCAUAUUAA